GCUUUCAUCCUCUUUUGUUUUGUCUUUGUUGUUGUUUGACCCCUCCUGCUUCUCUUAGAUGGCGCAGACAGGUACAGGGGCGUUAGAAUAUUAACAUAAAAUACUGUGGUAUUUAUUGUUUUACGUAAUCUCUAUCACUGGACCCGGGUACUUAUAGUCAGGCAGGGUUAAGCAGAUGUAAGACCUUAUACCAGGAGCGCAUUAGAGACUUUCCUGCCUCAUCUUCUACAUCUACUUUCUGAGUUUGUUGUUUGACCUGUGGAAUAAUUCCUCUCCCUAUUUGAGCUCUUGGGAUGUUUUGUACUUUUUCUGGGGUGAGGAAGCCAAAUUAAUUUUUAUUCAAUUUUUGUUGUUGUGAGUGACGAUAAAUACUUUCAUAACGGGCGGAUGGUCAGUCAGGCAACCAUGCGAGGACAGCGUGCGGUGGAGAGCGAGUGCAGGUGCUGGAACCCAGCCGUCUGGCUCCUGGUUACCCUGCUGGGAUCCCUCGUCUUCGUGGCCCUCAGUUUGCUGCUGCGACUUGGAGACGUAAAAAUAAGCAGACGAGCUGUAUCCACCACUGGUGUACAACCCCCUGUGAAGACACAAUACCAAGUACAACUGAUGAAUGGAAACAACAGGUGUGAGGGCAGAGUGGAGGUGCGCCACAACGACUCUUGGGGCACGGUGUGCGAUGAUGAGUGGGACAUGGUCGAUGCCAAUGUGGUGUGUCAGCAGCUGGGCUGUGGUGUGGCGGUGGCAGUGGGCAGCAGCUCAAAGUUUGGACAAGGCUCAGGAUUCAUCGUGCUGGAUAAUGUGGAUUGCUCAGGGAGUGAAACUGACCUCAGCCAGUGCCGAAGUCUGGGCUGGGGCAUCCACAACUGCUACCACUAUGAGGACGUGGGUGUUACCUGCAGAGAACCAGCCGUGCCGGGGGCAAAGGGUUUUGAGGAUCGCACCACACCUCCCGGAGAGAACUCUGCCUUACGAGAUGGCACCAUCCGUCUAAUGAACGGACAGAACUCCUGCCAGGGCCGUGUAGAGAUCUACUUCCAGGGGAAAUGGGGGACGGUGUGUGACGAUGUGUGGCACAUUGAGAACGCCAUGGUGGUAUGCCAACAGAUAGGCUGCGGCGGUGCCAUCUCUGCGCACACAAAUUCCUACUUUGGCUUUGGCACCGGCCUGAUUCUCUUGGACAACGUGAGGUGCAAAGGAAAUGAGGCGGACCUGUACUCUUGCAACAACCUCGGCUGGGGCAAACACAACUGUGGCCACCAUGAAGACGCUGGGGUCACCUGCGCAGAAGUCUCCACUGUACCUCCUCCAGUCACAGAAGGCCAGAGUGGAAUCCGUGUAACAGUCAACACUGAAGCGACGGAGGAAAUUCCAGUCACUGAUUCACCGACUACAACUACCAUGACAACAACUGCUCAGACAAAAGGCAGACCAUCCAUCCGUCUGGUGAACGGUAACAGCAGCUGCCAGGGCCGUGUGGAAGUCUUAUUCCGAGGCCGGUGGGGGACGGUGUGUGAUGACGGCUGGGACAUGGACAACGCCAACGUGGUGUGCAGGAUCCUUGGCUGUGGCCCGGCUAUAACGGCCACAGACAAGGCCUACUUCGGCUAUGGUCAAGGCCCGAUCCUGCUUGACAAUGUGCAGUGCAACGGCAACGAAUGGGAUCUGUCUCUGUGCUCACACCUGGGCUGGGGUCAGCACAACUGUGGCCAUCACGAGGAUGCCGGAGUGAUAUGUCUACCUUUUGAAUUCUACAUCGGAUACGGACGUGACUCCAAAGUAACGGAAAGGAUACCCACAACCACCACAACCAUCGUACCGCCCUCUGAAGGAAUGGUGCGACUGGUGGACGGCCAGCACCGCUGCGAGGGCCGGGUGGAGAUGUUCUCCAAUUCUGAAUGGGGUACGGUAUGUGAUGAUGCUUGGGACCUCCCUGACGCCAAGGUGGUGUGUCGCCAGAUGGGCUGCGGAGACGCCGCCGUGGCUCGGGGGGAGGCGUUCUUCGGACCUGGUACGGGAACAAUCCUGCUGGACAAUCUGAAGUGCAGCGGUGAGGAGGCCUCGCUGAAGGAGUGCUCCCAUAUAUCCUGGAAAAUGCACAACUGUGACCACACCGAGGAUGCCGGCGUCACCUGCUCACUGUCGUGAUUUCAGCAGAAACACACUCCCAUCUCCACUUUUGGGGAAGUGGGCGUGCAAAUAGGACUUGUAUACAAUAUGUAAAUAUCAGCUUUCAAAGUGCUAAAGAAUUACCUCACCACCAACAACAUACAAAAUAACUAAUAUGACAAUAUAGGAUUUCAUACUAUUAAUUAUCUAUGCCUAUUAAGCACUUUAUAAGUAAAUAUAUGAUUUAAAAAGUUUUUAUUUGGUAAUUUGACGAGAAAACAACAUUUUGAACUUUCUAUAUCGCCUGUUUUCAGCCCCAAAUGUUAAAAAAUAUUUAAUGUUUGUGAUUCUCUGAUGACACAGGAAGCUUUACCGGAGAAGAAAUUUGACUUUUCUUUAGGAUUAAAACAGAAACAUUGAGAAAAAUUAAACCCACAAAUCAAAAGACAUUAGCACUAAAUAUGUUUUUAUCCUGUGAAUAUACGGUAUAUUGUGUUCUGCAUAUAAAUGACGUGCUACCAUGUUCUGUAAACCAUCUGGAAAAUAAAUGUAACUUAUAAUCUUUUACAUGUGACAAAAUAAAUGUUUGUAUAUUUUGAUA